AUGCGCCUCUGUUUGGAAUACAUCGCCUCCGUCGUUGUGCUUGCCGUGUGCGUGGGUGCGAACGAUCCACCGGUCGACUUCGUCGUCACCAAGAUCGCAGCCGUGCACGGAACAACGCAACAACACCUCGGGAAGAAGGUGAGGACGUACCUUGGCGUUCCGUACGCGGAACCACCCGUAGGAAGCUUUCGGUUUCGGAAGCCAGUGCCCGCCAAGCAACGUGACAGGAUGAUCUUGGCCACGAGACUCAGUCCAUCGUGCAUGCAGCUGAACGCCGCCCUCCAGGACCUGCCCUGGUUUCACGAUGACAGCAUCCACUCCGAGGACUGUCUCUACCUGAACAUCUGGGUGUCCGAAUGUGUGCCACUCGCCAACGAGACGACGUGUCCUCUAAGACCCGUGCUCUUUUGGAUCCACGGAGGCGGAUUCAGGGGAGGUUCCACGAACAUGGAUGUCUACAACGGGGGGACGCUGGCCGCCUCCGGAGACGUCGUGGUCGUCACGGUUAACUACCGAGUCGGGGUCUUUGGCUUCCUCAAUCUCAAGGGUUCCGACGUCCCUGGGAACAUGGGACUGUACGACCAGCACGUAGCUCUCAGAUGGGUUUACGACAACAUUCACUAUUUCGGAGGGGACCCCAAGCAAAUUGUCCUGUCUGGACAGGACGCUGGGGCCGUCUCUGUGGGUCUCCACCUCAUCUCGCCCCUGAGUCGCAGACUGGUCAAGAAAGCCAUAUUGAUCGGGGGAGCCCCUAACUGGCUCAUCGAUCCAUUAAAUUCAAGCUCGAGCUACGUCAGAGCUCUCAUGCUUGGCAGCUUCUUGUCAUGCGGCGACUCCUCGGCAGCGCAAAGCCCGCGGGUCAUCGCCAGCUGUCUCAAGCAGGCGAAUGCCAAGUCUAUCGCGAAAGCGGAAAGCGAAGUUUUCAAGCAAGCCUACUACACAUUCUGGCCGCGAGACAAAGACGAGCUCGUACCCAUGGACCCAGUGACGGCCAUUGCCCGAGGGCAUGUCCUUCCAGUCGACGUGCUAGUUGGAGUCACCGCCGACGCCGGUUAUUCACAAGGCCUAGCUUUUCAAAGAGCCGUGUUCGACCCCAAGACCUCCACGGGUGUUACCAAGGACCAAGCGGCGCGCAUCCUCAGCGACGCCCUCUUCCUCUUCCCGACAGCGUCUAGAGAAACACUGGCCAACUUCUACUUCGCAAACAAGAGCGAUUCGGACCCAAUUUCUGUCAGGGCUACAUUGGCUCAGGCUAUUGGAGACAUAUUUGUGAACUGUCCUGUUAUGUUCCUCGCCGAGUCUUACGGAGACCGUCCCAUGAAGGCGUUCCUCUACAAGUUUAGCCACCGGCCGUCUUUCAGUCGCUGGCCCGCUUGGUACGGGACAACGCAUUACGACGACGUUCCUUUCCUUUUUGGCGUGCCGCUCAGGCAUCCGGACAGAUUUUCAUCCAAAGAUGUUGCUGUGAGCAAGAUGCUGGUCAAUACUGUCAUCACCUUUGCUACUACUGGGAAACCUAAGCCGACCCCUGACACCGAGUGGCCGCAGUACUCGUCGACUUCGGGUCAGUAUUUGGACCUGAGCACCGGCGGGGUCACUAUGAAGAAGCAUCCGUUUCAACAGUGCGAGUUCUGGAGGAGGUACUACCCGAACACUGUUUAG